AAGAAGGAAAGGCCGGAAAAGGCACUGCUGCCCUUGUUGGAGCGCUGGGUGACUACGAAAGGAGCUGGCCGCACCGCUGUUCAUCGUCCAUGCACUGUGAACGAAGUUCCUGCCUCCAACGAAUCGAGCCCGAAACGCCCGCCGUGAGAAAUUGUUGGGUUUAAGACUAACGCUACGCUACUUUUUGAGCCCUGAGCUGCAAGGCCUGCUUACGACGGUCGACAUGCAAGAGGUGCAGCAACGUGAGCCACGCUUUAGCCCCGUUGCGUCUUCUUUCUCCCGCGCAGAAAUGCCAGCGGCGCAGUGUGUCCGCUGUCACAGUAGCAACAGUCGGCGCGACUUUACCGUCCUGCCAUGCUUCCACGCAGUUUGCCUGAAGUGCCUCGACGAAGUUCCCGACAAGGGUUGCGAUGCGGUCGGCUACAAGUGCCCGCUUUGCCAGGAGAAUCUUUACGCGUUAUCUCAGUCGAUUCUCAUUAGCAACAUUCUGAAUGUCGUUCACGAAGACUUCGAUUACAGCGCCUGUAGCAACUGCAAUGAGGGCAAACGGGCUUCGGGGCGCUGCCGAGACUGCAACAAUGAGCUGCUCUGCGACAACUGUGUUUGGGCCCAUCAACGGGUGCGUCUCACCAAAGACCAUGAGAUCGUCAGCGUCUCUUCCAACAGCACCACGGCGUCGGCCAUGCCACCUGCUGACACAAGCCUCACUCAGUCCUGGUCCGACCGUCAUGACUGUCAGGUGUUGCGGCUUUACUGCGAGACAUGCUGCGAGGCGCUCUGCAGUGAUUGCACUGUCAAAGAACACGGAUCCCACAGCCUGGUGUACCUGCAGGACGCACUCGACAGUGCGCGCACAGCUGUGCCGUCUACACUGGCUGAUAUGCGUUCCGUGGUCACUGUCCUCCAAGAGAGCAUGGAGCGCUCACGCCGAAUGUCUGAACGUUUGCGCGUGCGCACCCAGAAUGUAGCCGCUGAAGUACGAAGCACGGCCGGACGCCACCGCGUCGCCCUGAACCAGCGCGAGCGAGACCUGUUGCAGCGGCUUGACCAGGCGCAGCAAGUGAAAGAGCAGGCGCUCAAACGGCAACGUGACCAGCUGAGCGCGAAGCUCGAGCGUCUGGAGCGGGCCGCUAGCGCCCUGCAGCAGGCAGGUGACGACCUUGAUUUGCUGCGAGCCCGUCGUGAAGCCCAAGCACAGCUGCAAGAGGCUCGAGACGCGCCAACCGAGCCUGCCGAGGACGAUCAAAUUGAGUUCACCGCACCCGACGGCGCAUUGCUGGGAGCCAUCGGCACCCUAGGAUUUUUGAGCAGCGCCGGCUACGGACCCAAUUCGAACGCCACAGGUGAGGCGCUAGUGCGUGCUGUUCGCGGUCGAAACGCCAUAUUUACUGUGCACGCACGCGACCAUUUGGGCGAGUCUCGGCUCUUGGGCGGAGACCCGGUCCAGGUGACGGUGCGAGCUCCGGACGGAAGCCUCUGUCGCGCGGAUGUAGUCGAUCGUCACGACGGCACCUAUCAGGUGACCUUUCAGCCGCAACAGGAGGGUGUACACAUCGUGCGCGUCCUGCUGCGUGGUGCAGACAUCCAGAGGAGCCCAUUUGCAGUUUCAGUGCGCGCAAGUCGCAACUAUGCGGCCAUCAGCGGUGCUAGCCUCGUGAUUGGAACAGAAGGCAGCGGUGACGGCCAGCUUUGCCGCCCCUGGGGUGUAUGCACAGACUCCCAAGGUCACAUUAUUGUCGCAGACAGGAGCAACAACCGUAUCCAAGUGUUCAACGCAGAUGGAAGCUUUCGCCUUAAGUUUGGCACUCGUGGAGAUCUGCCAGGUCAAUUUGAUCGGCCUGCUGGUGUAGCCUGGGACGAAACUCAUGGAGGACGAAUCGUCGUUGCAGAUAAGGACAACCAUCGUGUGCAAGCUUUUGACUCUCGUGGCACUUUUCUUCUAACAUUCGGCGAAUGGGGCAGCAAGAGUGGCCAGUUCAACUACCCAUGGGAUGUUGCAGUCAACUCGGAAGGACACAUUUUGGUGUCUGAUACUCGUAACCAUCGAGUGCAGCUGUUUCAGGCAGAUGGAACUUUCCUCAACAAGUAUGGCUUUGAGGGGCCCCUGUGGAAGCAGUUUGAUUCGCCCCGUGGUGUGGCCUUUAUUGGUGACGGACAUGUAGUAGUCACAGACUUCAAUAACCAUCGAGUGCUUGUGAUCCGGCCCGAUUUUCAGUCGGCGAGCUAUCUGGGUGGUGAAGGGAAAGAGCCAGGCCUGUUUCAGCGACCACAGGGUGUGGCUGUUGAUCUGGAGGGCCACAUUGUGGUCGCAGACUCUCGCAACCACCGGCUGCAGGUGUUCCGGCCUGAUGGCAAGCUGCUUGUCUGCUUUGGCUCUCAGGGUCAGGAGCCUGGCCAGCUAGACCUUCCCUCGGGGCUCUGCAUAUCACCUGAAGGUCGAAUCGUCGUCGUCGACUUUGGCAACAACAGGGUGCAGCUCUUCUAAUCAGGUCCAUGCAGCUGAUUCAACACCUUUUGUGUUCCUUUGUUUUUGUUGCUCUUUGUUUUUUUUUGUAAUGGAUGAAAUUGUGUUCUUAAUGUGCUCGAUGGUUAGCCUGUUUUAGAGAGGCCUUGUCACUGCUGGUUUAACUUGUUCAUAACUGUGGGCCUUAUGGUGAAUCAAGCACACUAGUCAGUUGUCAAAAGCAUCCUGGGUCUUUGUCCCACAUGCAUAAGCCAAUAUGAAGUGUGCAAUAAUGUAAGUCGAUGCAGCUGCCCGUAUUACUCAAGUCUUUUUAUGCCAAUUUAUUGCCUCAAAGUACCUGCCCAGCAGAAGUACGGCACUUUUAACAGCCUGAGUGUUUUUAAUUGUGUAGUCACAGGUUUGCAAAGCAUGUCUAGACUAAACAUUUGAGGUUCUAGAGCAACCAAAAAAAAAGUUCCUAUUUUUUAUAUACUAUCGUCAAUUUUAUACUCUGGUUUCUGUGCACCAGCCUGGUCGUCUGUUUUCGCAGAAGUUCCUAUGUGCCAUACUACAAGGUUCCUUCUAAAUGUACAAAAAUUGUGCUGCAGAAACUACAAAGGGUGACAGAAGACCUAUGCCAAGUGUGAGAAAUUAGCUUAUCAUUGCCACUGGCAGAAAGUAAGAGCUUUUACUAUUUUUUCUUCCUUUUAUUUGUGUCAGCACCAUUGCCAAUGGAGGUGCAUUUGAAUGUGCUUAAAAUCAUUUUGAUGCGUUUUUGUAUUUGUUAUAGUCAAGAUUUUUUUGUUUAAUUUUUCUUUUUUAUGCCCUUUAGGCUGUUACUUUGGGACUAGCUGCUUUACAAGUGCAGUACUGUAGACUUGCAGCACCAAAGAAAGCUUUGCAUGCUUUAGAGGCCUUUGUCAGUCUGCAUUUGCAUUGCCUGAUGCUCAUUGUGAAAGAUCUGAGUUGUGCUGCAUAGUCCUGUUAGUUCAAGCACGGUUUUUUGAAUUUUAAUUCCCCUGCAAAGGUUUUUGUUUGUUUGUUUUUAAGUGCAAAUGCAUGUAUGUGUUCACUCGUUUGCAAUUUGCAUAACUCCCUUUUUAAAUGCUUUCAGCUUUAAAAGGAGCGUUCUGUGAUAUGACGGGCAUUUUUGCAAUCAUUUUCUUUCCCUGGCUUUGAGGCAAAGCAGCACGUUAUGUACUCGCUGAUAGCCAAAAAAAAAAAAAAAUUCUGGCUUUGCAUAAUUGGUGCAGUUAAUGCAGGCCUGGGGAAGGCAUUAUAUUUUACAUCAUUUUCCUGUUUGCCACAAGCUGCACUUAACACAUACAACUACUUCGUGCAGCUUUUUUAAGAACCAGUGAACAUUCCAAACUUUUCAUAUUUUCAAGAGCGGUAAACUGGGCACAUAAUCUUGGAAGGUUUUUAAGAUUUUUCUUUUUGCCAGCGGUGUUGGCAGACAGUGCUGCUUUGGCAAAGUUUCAGAGGCAGAUCUCAGGAAUUGCAUUUCUGCCUUGUUUUAUGCUAUACUAUUUUUAUGAAGUUUGUGAUACGAGAAUAAAGUUCCUGAGUUUUUAUCCAAUCG